GCCCAAUUCUACAAAUAAUAGCCCCCAUUUUGGGCCCAAUUGUCAUUUCGCCUCUUCGUCGUUGAGUUUCAGCUGAGCAACAGCGAGAAGAAGGGAGGAAGAUGAAUGCCCCCGAUCGUUACGAGCGAUUCGUCGUCCCCGAAGGCGUCUCCUAGGUUUCGUACGAGAGGGACACGGAGAUCAUCAACGCGGCGACGUUCACUGUCGAGCGCGAGGACCACACAAUCGGCAACAUUCUCCGCAUGCAAUUGCACAGAGAUGAGAACGUUUUGUUUGCCGGAUACAAGGAUCCAAACCACGAGCCAAUCUUCGCCAAUGCAGGCAUAUAAUCAGGCUAUCAAUGAUCUGGACAAGGAACUCGAUCAUUUGAAAAACGCAUUUGAGGUUGAGUUGGCAAGGCACAAUGCAAGUCAACAACGGGAGUUCUAAGCUGAGUUAUUUUGGUUAAGAUGCUAGUAGCAGUUAUACUGUGGUAAAUGUGGUUAAGUUGGGAACUGUCUACAUGUAGAACUCCAUUCUAAAACUUUCAGAAACAUGCCUGUGUAUGUUGUACGCGUUCUGAGAUGUCGUCAAGUUGGUAUGUUGUUGGCCAUUAGUGCUUCCCUCUUAUGAAACUACUACUAAUUCUAGUGUUGUAUUUUAGAAGAAUUUAGAAUUGGUUAAUCCUUUUUCUACAAUGUUGUAAUACCCCUACUUUUUCUACAGUUUUAUUUGUUCUUGAAAGGACGCCGUUUGUGCACCUAA